CAGUCCACAAGUCAACGGAAACCUCUUCUUCCUCCUCCUCCUCCUCCUCCUCACUCACACAGAUGGGCUGCGUCUCCUCCAAGAUCGCAAGGAAGAAGGAAUUCAAACGAGAAUCCCAAUUCGGAAACCCCAACGUUUCCAACCACCACGUGGUCUCCCUCACUUCCAGCACCUACGGCCUCCUCCGACUCGACCACGAAGACUGCGUCAAGAAACCGCCGCCGCCGGAAGAAGAUCAAGCGGCGGCCGAGGUGAUCAAUGCUUGGGAGCUCAUGGAAGGCCUCGACGAAUCAGCAGAGCCCCCCUCCGUUGUUGUUCAGUCCCGGAAAAGCCCGAAGUCCCGAGUCCUUGUCGAUUACAGGAAAAGAAGCCCUUUGAAGCUCUUCAAUCAAAUUGGGUCUCCCAAGACGUUUAAUAAGCGGUUCGGAGGAGGAAAAGAGAACAGCCCCACCCCCGGACGAGCCAAUUCUGGGAAAACAGAGUCCAGCCCGAAAACUGUGGUUCCUAAAUUGUACAGAUGGAGCGAGAGAGUUUCAGGUAAGGGCAGUCCGGAUGCUGCCCGAGCCCCGUCUCGGGCAGCAGCCAGGAGUUUGUUCGAUCCAGAAAUGCCCGCAGUUUCAAGAAAAUCUUCUGACGAAGUCAUCAGGAAGUUUCAGAGAAUCUGCCCGCCGGGCGGUGAGAAUGCGGUGGUUAUUUACACCACCACACUGAGGGGCAUACGGAAGACGUUCGAGGACUGCAACGCUGCCCGAUCCGUCCUCCGGUCACACGAGGUUCGGGUGUACGAGCGAGACGUGUCGAUGCAUUCUGGGUUCAAGGAGGAGGUGAGAGCACUGAUGGGCACAAAUGAGGUGAGGGUGCCCUUAGUUUUUGUGAAGGGGAUGCUGAUUGGUGGGGCGGAUGAGAUUUCCAAGCUGGAGGAGGAGGGCACAUUGGGGAAUUUGCUGGAAGGGAUCCCGAGGGCGGUCGGGGGCGGCUGCCGCGGCUGCGGCGGUGUCCGGUUUUUGCUGUGCAGGGGAUGCAGUGGGAGCUGUAAGGUGUUGGGGGAGGAUGGGAAGAGCAGUGUCAAGUGUGGAGAGUGCAAUGAGAAUGGGCUGAUCCUAUGUCCCAUUUGUUGUUAAUUAUGAAUGCUAAUCACUUUUUUUUAGGUUGACCCGUUUAAUUAUGGUUCUUUGUUACAGAUAUUGGAGGGAAGAAGAAUUGUUGAUUUUGUAUUUGGGCUAUAUAUAAAUUCAUUCACACGUUUAGAUAAUGUUUCUCUCUUAGAAAAAAUUGUUUUAGACUUCUAGGGGCUUUUGUCCUUUUUAUCUUCUCGCCCGUCCAACAAAUUUUUAUCACCAUAAUUUAAGACUAAGAGCACCGGAAAUAUAGUGAAAUUAUGGGG